GGGAGGGGGGCGGGGAAGGGCGAUCCAACGAGUUGGGCAGCUGGACGGAAGAUGUGUCUUGGUAGGUGCAGAGCUACCAAGUGAAGAAUAGGUUGUGCUGGUGGAUUUAAAACACAUUCUCGAGAUGCAGCUGUGAUUUUUUCAUCUUCUUGCCUGGAAAGGAAGUCAGAAGAGGAGGAGGAAGAGGAGGAAGAAAUGGCAGUUUUUCAGGAACUGCUGACAUUCAGGGAUGUGGCCAUAGAAUUCUCUGCAGAGGAGUGGGAGUGCCUGAGCCAGGCUCAGCGGGAUCUGUACAGGGACGUGAUGUUAGAGAACUACGGACACCUUGUCUUCUUGGAUCUCACUCUGUCUAAGUCAGACCUGGUCACAUUUUUGGAGCUGCAGGUGAAUCCAUGGGCUGAGAAUAGAAAGGAGAAGUUACCCAUAGCCGAAGAUAUAUCUUCAUAUGACACCCAAGAAUUUCUUCCAAAAUCAUCUAUAGAAAAUUCAUACCCAGAAGAACUUUGGAGAAGACAUGACUACCCUGGCACUGAAAACUUCCACUUGGUGAAAGACAUAAAAAGUGACAAGGAUUGUAAUGGGCAGGAAGAGUUAUUUUAUAAUGAAAAUACACAAACCGGGAUAACCCCCUAUAAUAACAUUACUAUAAAAAGAAACCCAGAUUACAGAGAAUCUUAUGAAAAUCCCCACUUGAAGUUAGUUACAUUUCCAGAGAACCAUUCUGAAUGGGAAAACUGUGGGAAAGUCUCUUAUCAAAUUUUAAAUCAUUUUAUACAGAAGAAAAUUCAUAUUGGAGAGAAGUCUUAUGACUACAGUGAAUAUGGUGAAGCUUGCAUUCAGCCUUCCAAACUUACUCACCAUGAAGGAAUCAGUUUAGAAAAGCAACAAUGCAGAUGUUACAUAUGUGGGAAAGGUUUUUAUAGAUCAGUAGAUCUGAAUGACAAAAUUAAUGAUGAAGAGAAACCAUACAAAUGUCAGAAUUGUGGUAAAACCUUUAGCCAGUUCUCAUACCUUACUCGACAUCAAAGAAUUCACACAGGAGAGAAACCAUACAAGUGUAAAGAUUGUGGGAGAGCCUUUAACAGACGCUUCAAUCUUACUCAACAUCAAAGAAUUCACACUGGAGAGAAGCCCUACAAGUGUAAGGAUUGUGGCAAAGCCUUCAUUCAGUGUUCUUCCCUUACUCAGCAUCAAAGAGUUCAUACUGGAGAGAAGCCUUACAAGUGUAAGGAUUGUGGUAAAACCUUUGCCCAAAGUUCAUCCCUCACUCAACACCAGAGAAUUCAUUACUGGAGAAAAGCUCUACAAAUGUAAAGGAGUAAUAAAAUCCCUAGGUGCUUUCCAAGCCUUAGUCACUGUUAGAGAAAUCUUACGGGAGAGUAAACAUUUUACGGGAGAGAAAACAUUCAAGGUAUAUGAUAUGAAAUCUAUUGCUGGAAAUCAAACCAUAGUAUCUGAGAACUAAUAUUGGAGAGAGAACAAAAAAAAAAAAAAAAAAGCAAGAUUGGUAAAAGUUUUAGUGGGUGUUGAG